CAAACAACAAUCACCAUGUUCUCUACAUCUCUACUGCUCCUGCUGGCAGCUGCGUCCUGCUAUGUGCACAGUGAGGAACUGACUCAGCCUUCUGCCAUGACAGUCCAGCCAGGCCAGAGUCUCUCCAUCCCCUGUAAGGUUUCAUAUUCAGUUACUGGCGAUUAUACAGCUUGGAUCCGACAACCUGCAGGAAAAGCUCUGGAAUGGAUUGGAGAAAUCUCUCCUAGUGGGAGUACAGCUUACAGUGACAAACUGAAAAAUAAGUUCAGCAUCUCCAGAGACACUUCUACUAACACAAUAACAAUUCAAGGACAGAAUCUGCAAGCUGAAGACACAGCUGUGUAUUACUGCGCAAGAGACUGGGCUUUUGAUUACUGGGGAAAAGGCACAGCUGUCACCGUAACAAGCGCAACGCAAGAAGCCCCGAAGUCCCUGUUUCCCGCGUGGCAGUGCGGCUCGUCCCCUGAUAAUUUCGUCACUCUGGGCUGCCUCACCCGCGACUUGGCAAUUGGCGAUGGACUGAGCUACGUUUGGAAGGAUGCGAGCGGCACCGCGCUGACUACCGUUGUACAAUACCCGGCGGUGCUGGACAGCGGAAAGUACUCCUUAGUGAGUCAGGCGCGCGUCCCUGCUACCGACUGGGACGCGAGGAAGAAGUUCACUUGCGAAGUCACUAAUUCCCUGGGAACCAAAAAGGCGGACUUGCAAAAACCAACUGUGCCCGUCAUCCCAGCAAAAUCUCUGCUUCUAACAGCUCCGAGCCAAACAGAAUUAGACAAUGGAACAGCUACCUUCAUCUGCUUAGCUUCAGAAUUUUCACCUAAAACGCACACAUUUAAGUGGACCCGUGAAAAGACAAGCCUCGAUAAUAAGGCAAAAGCCCCAAUUUUAAUCCCGGGAAAAAAUACUUACAGUGCCUUAAGCGUUUUGGAACUCACUGCCAGCGAAUGGAUGGGCUCAACUUCUCCAGUUAAGUGUGAGUUCCAGCACGUGGCACAGACUCUGUCCCAGGAAGCAAGUCAGGGACAAUGUGAGGAGCAGCCAAAAAUGGCAAUAAUUCCACCUUCCAACAAUGGCAUUCUUAUCAAUAGAUCUGCUGACAUUGUGUGCAAGGCUGAAGGACCAACGGGUUUCACCGCCAUUAAAUGGGUUGUUAACGGUAAUGAGGUUGCUUCCCUACCUCAAAGCGAUGUGUCUUCGAAGACAGCGAUCUCACUCACCGCCACAAUCUCUUAUGAAGAGUGGCAUACUGGCACCAAAUUUACCUGUGAGGUGUAUCAUUCAGCAUUAGCUCAGGGAUUUAUACAAGAAGACUUCCAAAGAGUAAACGGCAAAACUCAAUGCCCAGAGCUUUUCUUGCUCCCUCCACCAGAGAGCUCAAAGGGGAAUUCGAUGACCCUGACUUGCUAUAUUAAGGACUUCUACCCUAAGGAGGUUGCUGUGUCUUGGCUUGUUGGUGAUAAACUAGUGGACAAUGAGAGCACUGUUAAAGUUAUUGAGAAAAAUGGCAACUUUUCAGCAUACAGUCAGCUAAUUGUCAAUAGGGCAGACUGGGAAAAUGGCACUGUGUUCACCUGCAAUGUUUAUCAUGAGUCCAUCGGAGAGAAUGUGCGCCACCUUUCCAGAUCCGUUGCUGGUAAUUCAAAUCCACCCUCCGUAGUGAAUCUCAGCUUAAAUGUUCCCCAAAACUGCCCAAAUGCUCUGUAUUAUGUAGAUUGCCUGGUGCUGACGCAGGGUUGCCACAAUGAGACAGAAACUGAGGAUGAAAACGUGGCAAACACUGCCUUAACAUUUGUAUUUCUCUUCCUCAUCACUCUGUUCUACAGCAUCGGGGUGACUGUUAUCAAGCCUAAAAUUUCAUGGCUUGUAGAUGGAAAUGAAAAAUCAGACCAAGUCAUUAUCAGUAAAAGACAAGGCGAGUCCACUGUUAGCAACCUGACUAUUUCUGUAGAAGACUGGACAAAAUGGAAGACAAUAACCUGCAGGGCUGAACAUCCAUGUUUUAAUACCACAGAUUUUAUAAACAAAACAGAAACUGUACAGAAAACCCCUUCAGUGGUGAUCAGAAGGAGUCUUGCAGACGUAGGGAAGAGAGACAGUGCAGUGCUGGAGUGUGUUGCAAGCAGUCUGCCUUCUGGUGAACUCUCUGUCACCUUCCUGGCCAAUGACGACCCUUCAGUGGAACUUUCAGUUGUAUCCAGUGAGAAUAAAUUUACAUCUAUGCCACAAAAACUCCUUUGCUCUGCAACUGGAUUUAACCCAGUGAUCAAGUGGCUCCCUGAAUCUGUGGGGAACAAUAAAAGUGAUGAAGUAACAAUGAAUAAAAAUGGACGUGUAAAAGUGUCGAGCGAGCUAUCAGUUAUAGAACAAGAGUGGAAACGUGGAACUACAUUCUUCUGCCAAGUCAAUGAUCAAGAUCGGCUACCUGUCCAGAAGAACACCAGUUUUUGUGCAGUCACUCCAGAUCAUGUUCAGAGUGCACAGGUUUACCUGUUGGGUCCCUCCAUCAGUGAUAUGCUAGAGAAGAAAACGGUUUCUGUCAUCUGUCUGCUGUUGGGCCACAGGCUCCAGGAUUUCUCAGUUAAAUGCACAGUUGGAAAAAAACAGUUGCCUUUAAAUGAGUCUCCAUUCCAGAAACAUGGAAAUGGAACAGAAAGUGUUCGAAACGUUUUAAAGGUUCCAGCUGAUAAAUGGAAAAACCAUGAAACAGUUUUCUGUGAGGUGAAACACCCCUGUUCUAAUGCACAGACAUACAACAUCUCUAAACCCAAAGAACUUAAACGUCCCACCAUCCGAAUUCGAGUUCCCAGUGAUGACGAGCUGUUAGGAUCUAACGACGCUGCUCUUCUCUGCUUGAUUGACGGCUUCUUCCCUGCUGAUAUCUCUGUGCACUGGGAGCUGGACGACAUCAAGCUGGACGCGUCAAGAUUCAAAAACAGUUGGCCGCUCCAGUUUGGUUCAGUUCACAGUUACUUCAUGCAAAGCACACUGAUAAUAUCACCAUUAAAAAAGGAGAAUGGCACUUUUUACUGUGUGGUCAGGCAUGAAUCAUCUACAGAUCCAAUCAAAACCGAAAUAAGCAACAUAUACGCCUCUGUAAAUAAGAAUCCUCCCUCUGUAAAGCUGCUGCGGAGCCAAGAUGAGUUGGUGUGUCUGGCGUAUGGUUACAGCCCAUCAGCCAUUAACAUCACCUGGCUCCUUAACACAGAAACUGUAGAACAUAACGGCACCAGCAGCUCUGCCAAGGGGUCUGAUGGGAAAUUUAUGAUUAAAAGCCACCUGAAUGUGGAGAUCUCUAAAUGGGAACCCGGAUCCAAAUAUACAUGUCUUGUCCAGCACAUCACUGGCUCAAAAUAUCUCAAUGUUUCCAAAGCAGAAUUUAUUGAACAGGCGAUAUACAUCGAUGAAAACUCGUCAGACGUUAACACAGUGGAUCAGGCUGAGGAAACCUGGAAUAUGGCCUGUGCCUUCAUCAUACUCUUCGUCAUCUCUCUCAUCUAUGGAUGUUCAAUUACUCUGGUCAAAGUGAAGACCGCUUGAUCAGCCGUUUACGGCACCUUUUAAUGUUUAGAUUUAUGUAUUGCUUUACUGUUGUACAUUGUUGUGAAUGGGGAAAAACAUCAAUUAUUAUAUUAUUGCUUUUAAGUUGAUAAAUGCAAGCUUGUAAAAGAAAAAUAAAGAAAAAAAUAUUUGAUGCUGGA